AAACUCUUUCUCGCGGCGGUUGGGAGGCACCAUUGACUGAAAGGAGGGGGAGUCGUGGCUAAUCACCUUUUGAAAGAAAACGAAGAACAAAACCUGGCCAAAUGGAUAAUCUCAGGUCCCCUAGUUUUUUGGAAGAGAAUCUGACUCCUUAUUUUCGUUCGCUGCUAGAGGAGACUGCAGAAAAAGACAUCAUACCUCAACAAUUCUUGCAAGGACUCAGAUUUGAACAUGAGUACAGCGAAGAGUUUGGCCAAGAUGCUUCUGAAGGAGAGCAAGAAGAGUCUGGUGCUAGUGGGGAGAUCUCAGAACAGUGCGCAGCCCGCCGCAGCAGAGGACCAAUGAGCUACCCGGAUCGGGUUCGCAUCCUCAACUUGCGCCGAAACCUGAACCAACUUGAUAACCUUGCCAAAGAAAAGAAUAUAAUCUUUCGAAAAACCAGGGAAGAACUGAAUGCCUGCCAUUUGCGGAUCAAGACGCUAACAAUGCAGCAACAGGACGUGGAGAGAGAAAUUGAGAGAGAGAAGGAGGCUGGAAAUACGGCUGCCGUGUUCCGCCUGCAGGCGACACAGAGGCGUUUGUGUGCUGAACUGGGAAAUGAAAAGGACCUGGAGUCCACAAUUGCUGAGAUGCUGAAUGAAAACAUGCUUGGGAUGUGGAAGAUCGAAAUUGAGCAAGGCAAGUUUGCAGACCUCCGCAAGCAGAUCACACAAGAUGAGAAGGAGCUCGACCAGCAGCGCCGAGAGCAAGCUGAAGGACGGCUUGAGAAACAGGAGGAGCGGGCCGUGAUGCUGAAGCAGAAGUGCCUGGCUGAAGAGAGAGAACAGCAGAAAGCCACUGAGGAUUAUGUGCAAAAGGUUUCCAAAGCUUUGGAUGAUGCUCAGAGGAACCGUGAAAAAGCUGUGCAGUUUCUGAAGUCCAGCUUGGCCAGGUCUUCCAUUUCAACUUCUCCUUACCAUUACAUUUCAAAGAGCGUUCGCAAGAAAGAAGCAAGCGCGGAACAGGAACGCCAGGAGUACAUGCAAAGAAGGAUGGAAACCGUGCUGUCUCUGAAGAACAACAUCACUUCAACUCGGGAAAAUUUCCGAACACUCCAGGCCCGGAAUAAAGCCCUUGAGCUGGAAGCCAAAGAGCAAGAGCAGAAAACAGAGAAGGCCAUCCAGGCCCAGGGCCUCAAUGUCAGGAGGGAGGUUUUGCUCCAUAAACGGCAGGAAGAGUUUGAGAGACAGAACCGGGAAUUCAUGGAACAGCAGAAAGCGAGGAAAAUUGAAAUCGUAGCUUCCAUUUUGAAAGAGGAAGCUCAUCUGGAGAAACUGAGGAAACAAUCGCACCCGCAGAGACACAAAAAGCAGGGAAAGCUUUCUGAUGAGAUAAGGUGGCGCAGGAAAACAUGGCGGUAUAUCGAGAACGCGUGUGCCGAGCCGGAUGCAGUUGUUGCCCAGAAAUCCUGGCGCACACCUUCACCUUGCUCUUCUCCGGAUGAUACAGCUGGUGGUCCAAGAGAGCCUUCUUGUAAAUCAGUUCAACAGAUGACACCUGAAAGAAAAGAUGAAGAAAAGGAGGAAGACUCGAGGGAGACUUUAGCAGAACCGGAGUUUACAGGACUUUGGGAUCAAGAAUGCGACAUAUCCAAGGUAGCAGAUAGCAGAACGGAUUCCAAACCUUUAGGUGCCAGUAAACUGGAGAAGGAAAUCUUUGCUGAGAAUUUGGAGAAGCUGCACAGAGGAGUGAUUCAGAAACACCGAGUCUCUGGGCUUGAAUUUAAGGGGUGCCCUUUCUAUAGCAAGCCAAGCCUUAUUCACUUCAAGGACUUUGAUAUUGGUAAAACCUAUAAAAAGAAGAUGAUUUUGAUCAACGCCUUCUAUAGCAUUAACUACUGCAAGCUGGUGGGAGUCAGUGAACACCUCAAGGACUUUUUCACUGUUCACUUUGACCCUCCGGGCCCCAUGUCUGCCGGAAUGUCAUGCAAAGUUGGAGUAACCUUUAAACCAAUGAUAAAUGAAGAUCUCGAAGGAGAAGUCGCCUUUUUAUCUCAGAUUGGCUCCUUUUCAAUCCCAUUAAAAUGUUCCACCAAGAAAUGUGUGCUGGCACUCGAUAAGGAGCUCAUUGACUUCGGCACUCAUGUGGUGGGAGAGACAAUUUCACGGACCAUCACCUUGACGAACUCUGGAGCCUUGGCAACACGAUUCCAACUCCGCAGAUCAGCUGGCUCAGAGUCUGUGCACACGGGGAUAUCGCCCCCUUCCUUUGAGAUACCGGUGAAUGCACAUUUGGCUGAAAAAACUUCCACUGGGAAACGUGUCAGCACUGGUAUAGCUGGGUCUGAUUCUGAGAAAGGGGUCAUUUCUUUUAUCCAUUCUGAGGAAGUCGUACAGAAUAUCAGCCUCCCUGAAAGAUCCAGAAUAGAUGUCUGCUCAACCAUCAGCCGUUUCGAAAGAAUCAGUGACAUGUGGAGUGAAGUGGAAGUAACUGAAGACAAUACACUGUUGACUCCAGUCACGAGCCAUGUGGAACUAGCUGAAAUUACAUUGGGCAAGGUUACGGAUGGUGAUAUUGGACCCUUCAGCAAAGUCAAACUUCAUAUUAUUUUCACUCCAGCGGUUCCUGGUGAUGUUAGUGCUGAGUUUGAGAUAACCUUUAACAACCCAGACUGCAAUCCUUUACAUUUCAGCGCUGUUGCCGUUUCUGUGGCUGUGCCGGUGUGGGUGCGCAAUCCAGAUGUUGACCUCAAAAUCUGUAUGUACGACAGGCUGUAUCAGGACUGCAUUGUUGUUCAGAGUAGAGCUACAUCCGCCCUGCGCUUGAAGUUUGACGUCUGCAAUGAAUUGGCCAACCACAUGGAACUGCUUCCAAAGACAGGCUACAUUCAAGCCCAUUCAUCCUUCAGUGUGCAGCUGAAGUUCCUGCCAAAGAAAUCUCUUCCAGAAGAUGCGGGAAAGUACUUUGACAAACAAACCAGAGUCUUGGAAGUCCCAAUGACAAUAGUUGUUUCAGAUCAGAGGAAGCCAGUUCAAUUCACCGUCCAUGCGGUUGUCACCACCUCAGACCUGGAGAUCGAUCCAGCAGAAGUAGAUUUUGGAUACUGCUCUAUCUACGAAGCAGUGCAGACCACAAUCACACUCAAAAACAAAUCUAUUCUAUCUCAGGAGUUUGGCUUUGUAGGACUCCCAGAGUUUGUAGAAAUUCAGCCCAAUGAUGGAUUUGGAACUCUUCUCCCCCUUGAAAGUUUGAGCCUGGACAUCAUCUUCAAAGCCAACAAAGCAAAGGAAUACAGCUUUGAGCUGACCUGCAAGACUGAGAUCAAUAGACAAUUCAAGCUGUUGUGCAAAGCCAUCGGCGUCCACCCUCCUCUGGAGCUCUCGCAUUCCUUGGUUCAGUUUUCCGCCACCGCUCUCAAUGAUGUGUCGACAGCCACCCUCUUUGUAAUCAAUAACCACGUCAGCCUCAAUCAGUUCAGUCACGCCGUCCCAAGGAUCGGCAAGGGAGACAUUGCCCCCGUCGGACCCACUUCCUUCCAGUUCAUCAUCCCUGAAGGCUCUCCCAUUACAAUCAUGCCAUGUGUUGGAACAAUUCUGCCUGGAAAGAAGUGCUUGGUGGAAGUGUCCUUCCGCCCAGUGUUGGGCGAACAGCUGAUCAAGCAAGAAGCAGUUGAAAUGAUGCGCCGGGCUGCUGAAAUGAGGGUGCUGAGGGCCCGGGAGCUGGAAUUCCAGAGGAAGAAAGAGGACUCCCUGGCUGGGCGCAGGAGACUUGGAAGCAGCUUCUAUAUUUGCCAACCUUCGAGGGAAAGAUACAGCAAACACGCCCUGAAAGUGUUUGAGAUACCCGAACCGGAAAACAUCCUGGUCAGUUCAGAAGAAUAUAUUGCAGCUCAUGUGAACCUGAUCCGGAAUUUCACGAAACAAUUUGAGAGAUAUGUCAUACCCUGCCUGGUGGCAAGUGGGGCUAUAGAUGAGAAGAAAGGACCCGAAAACUUGCAGUACAGUCCAUAUAAUACCUUGUACUUGGAGCUGCAUUGUCCUGCCAUUGCGCCUUCUCUGCUGUUGAUUUCGAACAAUGGAAGAAGCACCUUCAACUUUGGCUGUGUGGCUGUGGGGCACAGAAUCAAGAAAGAAAUCAGAAUACAGAACAUUUCUCAAGAACAACUACCUCUGGGAUAUUCCCUCUUGAGUCCCUUUGGGCCCUUCUGGUUGCUGAAUCCCUUUCGUACGCUCGAGGAAGGAGAAUCCAAACAGCUCGACAUCUCGUUCUGUCCAGAGGAAUGCAGAACGUUCUUUGAAAUGCUGGAAAUCCGAAGCGAGAAAGCUACCCUCUCCAUCACUUUGAUCGGCGAGGGGGUGAUCCCUUCGAUCCUUUGCUCGGUGGAAGGAGACGUGUUAAACCUGGGCUAUGUCAUCGCCAAGGAAACAGCCACUUCCACUUUUAAGAUAGAGAACACUUCUUCCAUAGACCUGAAAUUCUCCAUCCUUCUCGAGUCUCUCUCGCCGAACCGGGACAAGCAACAGCAAAAACCUCCAGCUUUCCUCACCUCUCAAGGGCAAAUGGAUUUUGUCGGUACACAGAACUACAGUGGCCUGAGCGUGUUCAGCGUCACCCCAGUCGAAGGCAUUGUUGGGACCGGGAAGUCCCAAGAGUUCACCGUCACCUUCAGCCCUGACCAUGAGAGCCUCUAUUAUUCCGACUGCCUAAAGAUCAUGCUCUUUGCCAAGGAAAUCAUCCGCACCAUUCAGCUGAAAGGGUGCGCAAGGAACCACAUGAUGUUUGUGGAAGGAGGUGACCCACUGGACGUACCCAUAGAAUCACUGGCCAUGACAACAUCUCCGGUGGAAGCAGAAAGCGACAAGCUCACGAAACCCAUCCUUCUGAAGCUGGAGUGCGUUCAGUCUGAGACCUUGGUGGUCCCAGCCGUCAGGGAGCUGAGAGUGGGCGGGAUACGAACUGCCCAGUUUGCAUCAAAGAAGAUCAUAGAAUUCAACUGGGAAAGUCUGUCCGUUGUGCAGAUGAAAGGAUUCACCAUCGACCCUGUGAAAGGAACGGUCGACCGCGGGCAAACCAAAGUCAUUACUGUUUCUUGGAUGCCCCCUGCUGGCUCAGAUCCUACUCAGCUCAUGACGGGAACAGCCACGCUGAUCCUGAAAGGGGACGUUAAAGAAGUUUACAGUGUCUACUUCAUAAGCCGGAUUGUGAUCAAGUGACUUCCCCCAGAUGAGCAGCAGUUGAGAUGCCUCGUCUCCAGAAAGACGGAAAUCUAUCGUUUUGAAAAUGGGAUCAUCCUCACAAAUGUCCCAAGAAUAUCCAGAACCAAAACAAGGGAUCACAGAUUUUUUUUGGAGGGGGACCAAACUCCAGGUAAUUAUACACAUUCCUUCAUGGCCAUUAGCAAAAUGUGGUCCUCAAAGACACAGUGCAUAACAAGAAAAAUGGCAGGGAGGUGGAUUGAGUGGAUUUGAAUCCGGCAAGUCAGCCGUUGCAGAGUGCACAAGGAAACACAGCGCACCACACCACAAAUGUAUAAAACCCACAACUACUAGUCAACAGUACAUGUUACAUCCGCCUUGAAGAAGGCCUGUAUGUUUGGAAUAAAACUCUAUAUAGACAGAGACAUUUUAAAA